CUGUAUGCAGGUCUGUAUGUAUGUAGGUCCAGGUAGGUAAUCAAGCUCCAGGAAGUCAUGGUGUAGUCGGUAUGAAGCUUUCGCUUGAUUCUACCCCACACACUCACUCUUCCAUUCUUCCCUAGAGGGAUCAUGACCUUCGUCGGGCGGAUUCCUCUCCUUCGGGACUCGAACCUUCAUUCCAACCCCUGUUCUCAUUGGGCACGAACCUGCUGGUCAAAUCCACUCAGGUCCGAUGAAACUGUCCAUGAACGGGUUCAGCAGGCACUGGCCCUACAUCCUAGGACGACAAACGGCUACGUACGACACUGUAGUUUGAUCAUUCCUAUUGUUCCUCUCCGCCCUUUGGGAUUUUUUUUAUUUUUAUUCUUUAUUUUUUUAAUUCAUUUUCUUUUCUUGUCUGUUCUUUCUUUUUUGCUUCUUGUGAGCCACACCUUGCUCCUCGACACGUAACAUUUAACCACCAUGGGGAAGGGAGGGAAAGAAAAGGGAAAAAAGGAAAAAAAAAAAAAGAGAGAAGAGAAGAGAGGCAUAAAAUAUAAACCUCCGAUUUUGCAUCUGAUCAUCCCCCAGGAAAAAGGAAAAAAGAAAAAAAAAACCAAACCAACCGUUGAAAGAAAAGGCGGCGA